ACUAAGCAGCUUGAUGUCUUUAUUGGAUUGUUUUGAAAGUGAAGCAGCAGAGUAGCAGCAGUGCAUCAGGGGUUAACAGCCCGUCGGGUUUUUGACUGGAGAGGAGGGCGUGAAUUCCAGGUUGACAACCUGUUUUUGAACCCAAAUCUGUUUUAAGUCUGCGCGCGAGUGCUGCCCAUUGCCAAUACUGGUUCCUGUUGGUAAAGUUGGUCACCUUGAUAGAUCUCGUUUGUUCGUCUCCUCCCAUCUCAUAUACAUCCACAAAGCUCUACCAGCCCCACCAUCUCUACUGCUCCAUUCAAGUUGCUUGCCGGUGGAGGAGAUAAUGUUGGUGUCUGCGGAGGAGGUGUUGGACGUCAGAGGUUCGCUUCUCCACGUAACCGAAACUGAAGCCAUCUUAUUGCAGUUGCUGCGACAAUUAUCUCUACAUCAGCAUAAUAAAGCAGAUUGCCGUCCGGCAUCAGAGACUGAACUGCGCCUUAAACACAUUCUGCUAGAAGCUUCCGGACAAGUUCAACUGCACAGAGACGUAGCCCAAACACGAUGGAGCGUUAGCCAACUGGCUCGAGUGUUGGCCGGCGCCAGCGGUGGAUUCGCAAUCGGCGCUCGGACGUUGCUGCAAAAUUUCGCCGAUCCGUCCGUCCGCUCCGUUCCAGUGGAUCGUGCCAUUCAAAUUCUCAAGUUAAGAAUUCAGCCGGCCAUUGCAGCCCGUUACGUUGCGGCUUUGUAUGGUGAAGUGCUGGCCAGAGAGUCCGCCAAGCUGACGGCCAAGGGCAGGGUCGGUCAUAGUCGCGGAGAAGAUUGUUCGUCAACGGAAGACUCGGCCAUUUCUUCUGACCAUUUAUCACGGCAUCCGUCUACCGACAGUCUCAAUCGUUUCACCAGCAUGGCCAACCAAUCGGAUACUACCGGACAUAGUACGCCGCCAGAGCAUUAUGGAGUCUUUCGGAGAAGGCGGCCUAUCCGCUUGGCUCGAGCUCGAAGUAGCGUCGGAGACGGCGGACCUACUGGAGCGCUCAAGAAUUUAGCCUGGGCAGCUAAUGCAGCUAUUCAGCGGGCUCCGUCUCGCCUCUAUCGACUCCAUGACCAGCCAUCCUCGACUCCUUCCUUGUCGUCGUCGGCGGCAGCGUUUCAUCCGCGCAAGAGUCAGUCAUUCCGCGAUCUGAAGGUGUCCAUCGAGCGAGAAGAUGAGCCGGCCAUCUGUCCCGUUACUUGCUGCGGUCCGGAAUUCAUCGUCAAGAGUAGCUUACCUCCCUACGUGGUCAUUUUACCACAUCAACCGAAAAAGAAAAAAUCUGUGAACAUUUUGCACUUGGAUGGGCGUCGUUUACACGUCGAGUGUGACCCGGGCAAAACAAGAAUUAAUCAACUCAUGCAGAUGGUGAUGGAUCACUUUGGAAUCGCGGCCAGUGACGCCAUAUUUUUCGGUUUGUCUUGUAUCAAAGGCGGCCAUUUCGUAUUUCCUAGACUUGACGAAAAAGUCAGCUGUUUGGCCCCCGACAACUAUAAACAAUUGCCCUAUCCCAGCUUCAACGUUUACUUCCGAUUCCGGUUUUAUGUUCACUCUGUUUUCACUUUGCACAGUUUGGAAAGCGAACAUCUACUCUAUCUCCAAUUAAGAAAAGACUUGCUGGAACAACGCUGGGUUAUGGAUCCAAUGGAGGAAAUGGGACUGGCCGCCCUGGCCCUGACGAUAGAAUUCGGAACUUAUAACCCAAAGAUUCAUGGAGUGGGUGGGUCGUACUUCCACGUCGAUCAUUACCUGAGUGCUGGAACGCAACAGAGUGUCAAAGGCGGCGAACUAGCUGCCCAGGCCCUACAGCGUCUGCACGGUCGCAUUCCGACGCUGGUGGAAAGACGCGUAGUCGAAUGCAAUUUCGUCAAACGGAUCAUGCAAACUCAAUCCUAUGGAUAUCAUCACGUACACGUUAUCGAGGACGACGGAUUAAGGACGACUCCGCUCAAUUUGCUGGUGGGACUUGAAGGACUCAAAUUGGUCCCUCACGCCACCACGACUUCGUUUGGCACUUCCCUCAAACACGUCAGCUUGUACUGGGAAGACAUCAAGAGUCUCACUCACUCUAAACACCACAUCGUGCUGACGUCCGGAAUAGGAAAUUCCAUCCGCAAGCGGCGACUUUGCGUUGGAACCUCGCGAAUUCGAAACACGUUCGAUUUGUUGAUUUCCCACCAAAAGAUGGCGCUGGAACUGAAAAAGCGCAAACUGCUAAUACGAUCCGAGUCUGCCACUUUGCCGAAACUGCGUCACAAUAGACCGGCGAGUUUUAUCGAACCGGUCAAGACUCCCGUGGAGCCCGUCAAAUCAUUGUCCAGCGCCACCCUCCCACGUCCGUCCAACGCUGUCAGAAUCUACGUGCCUUUCGGAGGUGUACAGAAGCGACCCGACACGAAUGAUAUUACGACUCGGGUGAUUGACGUCAAAUCUAAUAUUCCUAUGCCGGAACUUGUUCCAGUGACGUCAGCAGAAUCCUCCCAAUACUCUACGCUGAGUUCCCUCUCCGAAUCCACCGUUCCUACUAGCCCUCGUAAAAGCACUCUGGUCCGAAUGGGAACGAAAGUAUCGUCCGACGCUCUCAUUCGCGAGAAAAUGCGUCUCCAAGAAGUCAGCUUCAGCGAACGCGUCGUAUCUGGAGAUCCUUCCGGCGCCUACGUCGUCGAUACCAGCGUCAAAUCGGAGGAUGAAUCGCUGGUUUUCGACGCCCAGGAGAGCAUGUCGCAGUCGUUGACAGAACGGUUCAACCGCCUACCACGUCUUCCAUCACCAACUCGACAACACGGAGUCACUGUCAGAUUUUCCAAAGAUCCUGAUGGUUCGCUGGGCAUUUUGAUUGCUCGCGGCGUCCGUGGCGGUAUCUACCUGAUGGGACUGACGCCCAAUGGCGCUGCUCAUCGGCAGACCUCACUCAAGCCAGGUGAUCGUAUCUUAUCCGUCAACGGGCUCGACUGUGACGAAUUGGACUACGAUCAGGUGAUUGAUCAAAUCCGCCGUAUACCUCGCGACGUUGAACUGUUCGUCCUCCAUCGACCCGAUGCAGCGAAGUGAGCAGCCUCACCCAAAAACUCAUCUGCAACUCUUACAGCCUUGGAAUCUUUCCGGAUUUGAAAAAAAACCCAAAAUGGCUCAUUUGUCUACCUCUUCUUCUUCUUCUUCUUCUGCACGGCGACAAUCAGAUAUCCAGCGCGAUUUCUCCGCCCCAUGUACGGAACUACUAAAAGUCCUUGGAAAGAGCCAGCACACACACACACACACACACAAUCCACAUUCGUUUGUUCAUCAAUAACCCAUGACAAUCACGUCCAAACAGUGAGCAAACCUUAUUCUGAUUUCUUGAAUAUUUGUGAAAUGUUUUCUUUUUGAUGUAAAAAAGAAUGGAAAAACAAAAACUAUUUUAUUUAACCUGUUUGGUCCUCCACCCCACCUCAAGUUUCGAUGCUAUUGUUUCGUUGAUGUGUACAUGUUUUGCAAAUAAAUCUUUUUCGACGGUA